UAGGAAUUAAUUUUCCUUUAAAAGAAUAUUGUGUGGUUAUUAAGGUGCUCAGAAAUCAUACUGUUUAUUUCCUAACUGUGCCCAUAUGUGCUAAACUCCAGAACUGUGGCUGCCACCAACAUGAACGAGACAAGCAGCAGGUCCCAUGCUGUUUUCACCAUUGUCUUCACUCAGAGGAAACACGACAGCGAGACGGACCUCUCCACAGAAAAGGUCAGUAAAAUUAGUCUGGUAGACUUGGCAGGCAGUGAGCGAGCAGAUUCAACUGGAGCUAAAGGUACCAGGCUAAAGGAGGGAGCAAACAUCAACAAGUCUCUCACCACGUUAGGAAAGGUUAUCUCUGCCUUGGCUGAAGUGGAUAAUUGUACCAGCAAGGUAAACCCUUUGACAGCUAAACCACUAACCUGUCAUUCAUCCCAUGAGACAGAUUUGACAGCCUUUGGUCAUGUGCAGCAAUGAAGUUGCAGAUAUUUAGCUGGUAUCAGUUUUAUCACUUUAAACCUUAAACCCUCAAUCCCUGCACAAGAGCAAAUGCAUGUCAAAUUAACUCUCUCCUCAUUUUACCUGACAUAUUGACCCUUACACAUAAGGAUCUUUUUUUUUU